AUGGCCGCCUUGGCAAUGCCUGGUUCGAAAAGCAAAACGGUGGGCCUCGUCCCCAGGAAUUGUCCAGAACCAUAUGUAAUGGAUGAAACAAGUGCACGAUGCAUGUUGACUCAUGCAAUGCCACCAAUUCGAGUUUGCCCAAAUGGUGUAUUAAGAGACGAAGUUUGCUUUAUUCUGGCCCUCCCACUUGCCACUCCCUGUCCAGGAGGUUACCUGGAACAGGUCGUCAAUGGUGUAAAGCAGUGUGUUGCGACGCGAGUGGCACGAUUGAGAAUGGCAUGUUGGGGACCGCAAGAGAGGCUUGAGGGAGAUAUAUGUGUCCAGCGAACAAUCCAUCCACUGAUAAUGGAGUGCUUGCAAGGAAGUCUCAAUCAGAAUAACCAAUGCGAGAUUGUCACCGCAGAGUCACCAAAACCUGUGUGCAGCCCCGGAUUUUUCGAAUCGGAUGGAUUUUGCAUCCGAAGACGGGAAGUUGUUUGUGAUCAAUCAUCGCCUGGAAUCAUUACACCUGAAGCAGAAGGCUUUUAUCAUGAAAGAAUCGUUACUGCUCCAGUCACCCCAGGGAAAACACAUGGCUCCAAAAGCUUUAUUGCCCACAAAGAGGGAUAUGGAUCCAAGCUUCACGCAGGCCUGGAAAGUCUGCGUGAAUUUGAAAACGAAAAUAUUCCGUGGGAUAUGGUCAUUGAAGUUGAGAAUAAGCUGGAGCUUGACCCAGAGAGUAAGGACCGUGUAGCGAUAGACCGGUCUACUUACUUGGAUGUAAGUGGGAGGAGCGACGGGGAGCUCUUUUUGGACUUUCCUGGAGAUAUGUCACACUUGACUUCGUACAAAUCCAGCGCCCCCAUGCGCCACGAUGCCUCAGCUGAACAUGCAUUUGAUCUGCAGUGGAAUCCAACAGUCGAAGACACCGAAUUAGAUUAUAACGGGCUGUCCUCCUACUUUGUACCAAAAUCGGACGUUAGACGCAGGCUGCAGCGCAUCACCGAACAGUUCUUUGAUCAGUCCGCUUCAGCCAAACAAAAUGGAACUGAACUUUUGAAGACUUGGGAUACUAUGACUACGAAUGCAAAUGCAGAAAACUCAAAUCAGACUGGAGAUGCUUUAGAAGAGAAUCCUGACCCAAAAGGGCCACCGACACGUGCUCAAUUUGGGGCAUCAGGUUUUCCGCUAGGGGGUCAUCCACACGUUGACGGACGUGCAGUGCCAGCUUUUUAUCGUACACCCUUACCUUACCUUACCAACGAUGCCAUGGCAUACAACAUCAAAGGUGGCCACCAUCAUGUUCGUCAGCAUAAGCAUGACAAUCGCUUUCACCACGCAGUGACAGAUUCGAGAAGUCCACUCUUGCGCGAAGCGCAGGGACUAACAUCGGACUCUGUGACAAAUUAUUCAGGUGCUGUAGAGCAGGCCCUCCUAUCUGGGCACGAGCAAGCUCUCCGCGAUGCAUUACAACGAGGAAUGGGACAAACUAUUAAUUUGGUGGACUCGGAUGCCACUGCACCUCAUGGACGUACCCGGGCUGAACCUCAGAUCCACGAAAGGAGCCAGUUAGCCGCAGUAGCUCGUUUUCGUUCUCAGCAUAAGAGCGAAGGUGGCGAUUACGUGAUUUAUCCAGGAAAGCCACAAGGCCAGUCGUCUCAGCGUGGCAUGCCCUAUUUUAACAAUGGCUUUACACGGGGAAUACGUAUCGCUGCGACUGCCGAGUUGAGGGAGAAACAAGAUAAGCUGGAUGUGCACAUGCCUGAGGUGACCCAACCUGAGGACCUCUUGACAGCGCAGUCAGAUAAGAGGCCACGACACCUCAUUAGGAGGCGCCUUGAAGCGUUGGACUACAUACCAGGUUGCUGGGAGGAAGAUAUCGAGAUGCCCAUCUCCUGGGCCUGCGAUGCCAACUUUAAACUGGACCCUGUACAACAAGUUUGCAUUCGAAUAGAGUACAGGAAUCCCGACAUUAUAUGUGAUGGGCAAGUGGAGGGAGGCAUGUGCAUUCAUGUGGUAAGUGUGCACAAGCCUCCUCAGUGGUACUGUCCCCUUGACCCUCCACCGGCGCCCAUGGAAAAGGAUGACGAGUAUACACCGACACCCAAUGAAAAGGACUCUGCUUUGAAAAAAACUUCGACUGACGUAAGCUCAGCGACUGAAGGCCAGCAAACUACCAGAUUGGCAGGUGGUGGCAGGGGCGAUACAAGUAGCAAUAAUGAAGAAAAGGACCAUGCAAAGCGAGAUGCAGGCUUCGCAUCUCUAGACGGCAGAGGCUCAGCAAGAACGGGCGUCGCAGAGAGGCGCAACAGUGCUCUGAAGGUGCAAACAGCAGGAGGCAGUAGUAUGCUUGACGGUAGAAGAGCUGCCCUGCAAUCUGAGAAGACAAAUGAUGAACCAGCUAGUGCACCGCUCGUAAAUGGCAGUGUCAGUUCGUCAAAUAGCUUCAGCAACGAUAGCAGCGGCCGGACUAGGGCUCCGCGACCACCGCCACACCGGAGUAACAACAGGCUAGAGAGGAAUUCCAACGCUGGAGACGAGAACGCGACGUUGGAAGAGCACGAUAGUACUGUUGGGAUAUCACGUGCAUCGCGGCCAGAGCGCAGUGGGGAAAAUAUAGACCGUAGUCAGCGCGGGCACAGCGGUCCUGCAGACAUCGCUGUAGCUCCAGUUCGACGGAGCAACACGGCGCUAGAAGAAUCCACCAACAACACGUCCAGGGUUGGCGAGGCACAAAAUUUCAGAAACCAGCAAGGUUCUCGUGGCACACGUAUAGCUCAGACUCAGCAUGCUGAUAACCGAAACAGUGUCGACAACUUUGAGCCUCGUGCCGAGGACAGCCUAAAUCGCUUGCCCAAAGCUUCAGAAGCAGCGGAGAGUAAUCUACCAGGCAGUAUGCGGCAGCGUUCCCAGCCUAGUGGCGCCUAUGGGCACUCCAAGGCUUCAGCACUGCAGUCACCACCACGAGCAGCAGAGUCCAGCACAGAUGAAGACGCUCCCUCCCAACGGGGCGUGAUCGAUACUGCGGGGAUUCAGCAGAGAAGAAGGCCGCGAGGAUUUCCUACUUUAGCAAACCGAAGGGACGAACGGAAUAUCGAGCCUAGUGGGGAAACAAGCGAUGCCCAGCAGAGCCCGCGACAGUCCCGUGGGAAUGGUCGCAAGCCUACAACAUCCUCGGCAGAGGACAUAACUGCUGAAGAAGAGAGAAGUGAAAAUUCGAGGUAUCAAGCUCAAGAACCUCCGGCGAGCGGUAGGCAGCCACGUGCUAGGGGGCCGCAGCUCCAGUCACAAAGGGCAAGAGAGCCACCGCGUGCAUUGGAGAGCGAGGCAGGUGAGGAGCGCAGCAUGAAUAAGAACCAAGACGAUUUUGAAGAGAGCCAGCAUCAACGGAGGCAGCAGCAACGCAGCGGCAGAUCACUUGCAGCGUUGGUCGCAGCAGAUGAUGAAGUCAAGGUGGGCGUUAACUGCAGUGGACUCGAAACUGAGGAAAAAACCAGUGCUGCAACUCAGCAAGCUCACGGGUCUAAGGUCGUCGGCACAAAGGGUAAGGAUGACAAUCUGCAGCCCGAAUCGGUUACUAAACAAUCUGCAGGAUCAAUUUUUCAGGGCGUCUUAAAGAGUAAUGACGGCACGAGUGGACGACUCACUACCACUGCUACGCAUGACACGGAAGAUCCUGGAGACAGUAUCAGCACCCUCUACUCCGGUAGUGUAGGGGGGCCCAUAUUACAGUACUUUACUAAAGGUAGUGUGCGGAGAGACUUGGUCGGAGGUGCAGAUGGAGAGCAAGCUCUGCCAUCACCUACAUUCCAGAUGAACCAACAAAAAGGACAUGGGAGAAGUUCGCAUCUGUGGCUGCCACCUAGCAGGAACGAUGCCACAGAAGCAGACAGGAAUAAAACUUUCAAUGAAUCCUCACGAGUACAGCGGCAUUUACCAAUUUUGGCCUUAUAUGCUGCGGUGCAUGCUCAAGGGGAGGAAUCAGGCACGCAGAAUAUGGUAGCGGUCGGUGAUACAGAACAGUCGAAGUUCUUUGGUGGUGCAGACCAAAACCGCUUCAGCACACAACAGGUGCAUUUGGGAGGAGAUAGCCAAGACAAACACCGGAAUUUAUCGCAAUCAGAGCCUGUUUAUCUUAGAAGGCAGGAAAGAGAUGUGAAAGAAGGAAUUUACGCAAGGGCAGAAUCGGGUGCAGAGCACAGGGAACACCACAGAGUUAAUCGGCGUCUCAGUGGUACCAAGCUGCCGUUCGCUUAUUUCAUCAUGGGAGUAAACCAAUGGAGGCAUAUACAUGACCCCGUGCAUCAGCUUAAAAUGGAUACAGCUGUUGCCCGUGCAGCAGAGCAAGCCGCUUCCCGCCUAAGUGGUGUGCUGGCAGAGCCUUCCAGUCCACAUCACCCAAUAACAGGAGUUUUGGGUCGCCCCACCACCGUUGGGCCGCAACUCUACAGGCACGAUCUAAAGGACAAAAAAAAACCAACAACAUCCCCCCUCAAAAUCCGUGACACUGACAUGUGCUACCGGCAGGAAAGGAAGAAACCUCUAGUAGAAUGCCCACCAGGAUUCACCGCCAAUAAGGAAGGUGGCUGUUAUAUGAUCGUGGCCCCAACGUUCACAUGUUUAGCAGGAUACGUUUAUGAGAAUGGAGAGUGCAUACAGCACAGGGAACUGGCUACUGCAGUCACUCAGGCUGUCAAAAGUCGGAAAGUAAAAUAA